AUGUACUGUUAUAAAUUUUUAUCUGAAUCAAUUGAUUCAUUAGUUCAAUUUUAUAAUGAACAUCUUCAUUUAAAUGGAAAUAUCAAUGAUGAAUUUAAUAAUAUAAUUUCUAAUAUUGAUGAUGAUGAUGGAAUUAUAGAACCAAUAGUAAUUUCUAAUCAAAUAGAAAAUGAUUUACAAAAAGCAAACAAUGAUUUUAUUCAAAAAUUCUCUAAAUCACGAAAUGAACCAUUAAUAGAAGAAACUUUAUUACAAAAUACCCAAAUCCCACUUACUAAUAUUACAAAUAUUAAUACUAUUAAUUCAAAUAAUAUUUCUGAAUUUUUUGAAAAUAGCAAUUUAAAAAGUUCUAAAACAAAUAUGUUUUAUGAAACAAGUUUAAAUAUUCUAGAAUGGACAGAUCAGAAUACAAUUGAAAUAAAAUUUAUUUCGUGA